AAUGUGUAGAUUCUAGAAUGCAAGCUUUGGUGUGUGCUAAAAUGAGCAGACCUUUUGCUACUGCUCCCUUGGUGGUUCCGGUCGCCCACUCUCUUCUUCCUCGUCAUCUCCGCCUCUCAAAUCUGCCGCUUCCAUCUCUCACUGCAACAACCGACACUGAUAUAUUUCGCCGACGUUUCUUCUCGCCGUACAAUUUCCGAUCUGUUCCCGGUCCGGUGAUGGCCGGUUUAGGUGGUUUUGAUGUUAUUGGUGAUGGUGGUUCAAUGGUUCAGGAUGCUGGUGCGACGGCUUUGGUUAUCGCCGGCGCUUAUGCUUUUGUCUCCACUUUUGAUCUCUUAUCCGAGCGGAAGCUAAUUGAACAGAACUUAAGCAGAAAGCUGGUCCACAUAUUGUCUGGUCUGCUUUUUAUGGCUUCCUGGCCGAUUUUCAGCGUAUCAGGACGGGCUCGCUACUUUGCUGCUGUAGUUCCACUUACAAACUGCUUGAGACUUGUGAUUCAUGGCCUAUCUUUGGCUACUGAUGAGGGGCUUGUUAAAUCUGUUACUAGGGAAGGAAAGCCAGAAGAAUUGCUCAGAGGGCCUCUAUAUUAUGUUUUAGUGUUAAUUUUGAGUGCGGUUCUCUUUUGGCGUGAGUCACCAGUUGGAGUAAUUUCAUUAGCAAUGAUGUGUGGUGGUGAUGGAAUCGCUGAUAUUGUUGGAAGAAGGUUUGGGUCCACAAAAUUACCUUAUAAUAAACAGAAAAGCUUGGUUGGUAGCCUCUCCAUGUUUGUUGUCGGUUUCCUGGUAUCCAUUGGGAUGCUGUAUUACUUCUCAGCGUUGGGAUAUUUUCAGUUGGAUUGGGUUUCAACUGUAGAAAGAGUAGCUUUGGUGUCAUUUGUAGCAACUAUGGUGGAGUCUCUCCCUAUUACUGGAAUGGUAGACGAUAACAUUUCUGUUCCUUUGGUAAGCAUGGUUGUAGCAUCAUUGGCUUUUGCUUAUUAGAAUGUUCUUAUCUUUGCGUGACUGUGCUGUCAUACAUUAGGUGAUGAUUCCUGUUUCAUCUUCUUGUGGUGCUCUUAUGUAUAUGAAUUAGUGAAGAUAAGACAGGUUCUUUUUAGGUAUUCACAAGUCACAA